GUUAAUCUUAUGAUGAAAUCUACCUAACUGAAGGUUGAAAAAAAAGAAUUUCACACGCUGCACAAAGUCAGUCAACAAAAUUCCAGCGACAAGUUAAAGCAAUCAAACCCCAAACCCUACCGCCACCGCAAUGCAGCCGGACUCCGACUUGCCUCCGCUCGCCGCCAUCAAGGUCCGCUCCUCCUCUCCGCGCUUCCCUCCCCCAACCACCCCUCUCUCCACCGAAACCCCUACCGCCAACGCUCAGCGCAAGAUCGGCAUAGCCGUCGAUCUCAGCGACGAGUCUGCCUUCGCCGUGAAGUGGGCCGUCCACCACUACAUCCGCCCCGGGGACGCCGUCAUUCUGGUCCACGUCCGCCCCACCUCCGUCCUCUACGGGGCCGAUUGGGGCUCCGUCGACCUCUCCAUCGUCGACACCGAGAACGAGGAGUCGCAGCGGAAGCUCGAGGACGAUUUCGAUACGUUCACCACCACUAAGGCGUCCGACCUCUCGCAGCCGCUCUUGGAUGCACAAAUCCCCUUCAAAAUCCACAUUGUGAAGGAUCAUGAUAUGAAGGAGCGGCUCUGCUUGGAGGUGGAGAGGCUUGGGCUGAGUGCCUUGAUUAUGGGGAGCCGGGGAUUCGGUGCCACCAAGAGAGGAAGCGACGGGAGGCUCGGGAGCGUCAGCGAUUACUGCGUGAGGCACUGCGUCUGUCCUGUUGUUGUUGUGAGAUAUCCUGAUGAGAAGGAUAACGCUGGAGGGGGAGAGGAGCCUGUCGUGUCGGUUGCUUCUGCUGCCGAGGAUGAGGAUGAGCCUGAGUAUCAUGAUGCGUCCGAUGGUAGAAAAGAUUCCUAAUUACAACCUGUCUUCAAGGCUCUAUUUCAUGGACACAGGUCUGUAUUUAUUUUCUUUGAGUUUUCGCUGCCAAUAUUACCAUAUUCUAGUCCUAUAUAUUAUAAAAAAGCUGUUUUCCUGGAGUGUGUUGCUUUAUGCUGUGAAAUUCUGAUGAUUAUUCUGUGCCUUGUUUUUGCAGCACAUAAAAGGCAUCUUAGCAAGCAGUAUUUCAUUUUAUGAGAUUUGACAAUGUAAUGCCAUUUCAUUGCUACUUUAUCACAUCUUAUGUAACAUUUUUACAUGUAUCCUAGCGGUAUCUUAUGUGCUGAGUGUGCGUAACAUCUCAUUGCCUUCUGCAAUAUGUAAAUCACUGUUAGUUUCUGUAUACCUCAGGAUUUCUUCUCCUUACUUUUGUAUCAGUUUGAUGUUUGAGAUA